GAUGUCAGCUGUAAUGAGAUCACAGCUUUGCCACAGCAGAUAGGCCAGCUGAAAUCUUUAAAAGAACUCAAUGUCAGAAGAAAUUACCUCGAAGUUUUACCCCAAGAACUAGUACAGCUUCCCUUGGUAAAAUUUGACUUUUCCUGCAACAAAGUGCUUGUGAUUCCAAUUUGUUUUAGAAAAAUGGUGCAGUUACAAGUCCUGCUGCUUGAGAAUAAUCCUUUACAGUCUCCACCAGCACAGAUUUGUACAAAGGGUAAGGUGCAUAUAUUCAAAUAUCUGACUGUACAGGCCUGUCAGAUUAAAACAGCAGAUUCACUAUAUCUUAAUGCCAUAGAACAACAGCAUUUGCCACAGCCUGUGGAAGAGAGCAUUGAUGACAUCUACCCCAGUAAAAAGGACUCUGAUUCAGGCGUUGGGAGUGAUAACGGCGAUAAACGUUUAUCAGCAACAGAGCCAUCUGAUGAAGAUACCAUCAGCUUUAAUGUUCCAAUGUCAGACAUUAUGGAAGAAGAUCAGGUUCUGAAGGAAGAUUCAGGUCACCAUGCUCACUCAAGGAAAGUGGAAUUCCAUCCAGGAUCUUCUCACUUGAUUGUCAAUGAUAACUCAAGAGAAUCAGGAAACCAGUUUGAUGAACCAGAUACUCUUACUACUGAAUUUAUGAGCUACAUUAAGAGCAGAGCAGCAGAGUGUGAUGAGCUGCUGAGGAUAGAAGAGGACACACAAUGGCAAACAGACAUCAGUCAAAUGCAGAUGGAGAUGUCUUCCCUUGGUCAGAGAGAAGAUGCUGAAGAGGAACUAGAAUUUCAGAGGAGGAGGGAUUUGAUUAUGGAGAAAGCAAAGCCUGAAGUGAGAACUUGUGACCAGGGUGAAAAAUGGUCAUUAAACCAGAAUGAUCUAAUUGUUUGGAAUACAAGUGGACAAAUGUCUCACAAUGAGAAUAAGGAUAGAAGUCCAACAAUGUCUCCUACUACAAACACCACAAUCCCUUUUGGCCUGAAGCCACGAUCAG